AUGACUUCAGAGAUUCUUCAGUUGUUUUGUCUUCAGUUUGCAGUUUAUAUUGUAUGGGCGUGUCCGGCGGGAUGGAUAAAACACGGACCUGCCUGUUACCACAUGGGUCCAGAAGUGGAAUCUUGGUUUGAUGGAAUGACAAUGUGUCAAAUUCACGGAUCCAAUCUUGCAUCAGUGCUGAACCAGGAAGAACAUAAUUUUAUUGUAAGCCUCAUGAAACAAUAUAAAAAGGACGUUGUUUGGUUAGGAGCCACGGACUGGGAUAACGAAGGCACAUUUGUAUGGGAACCCAACGGCGACAAAAUGAAUUACCAAAACUUUGGUCAUGGAGAACCAGACGAUAGACUGAACCAGGAAGAUUGCCUCUUGAUUGAUGGUUCCUCAAACAACCACCACACCUUUGUUUGGGAUGACAGAAAUUGCUAUGAUCGAAACUACUAUAUCUGCAAGCAAAUGGACGAUAUCACUGGAAACCUUGUUGGCUGAAACAAUCAAGAAGUGAAUACUCUGACAACUAUAAUUGUGAUUGUAUGUCUUUUCCAAUGAGCUU